GCGGCGGCGGCGGCGGCAGCGGCGGCGGCAGCGGCAGCGAGGGGGGCGAAGAUGGCGGACGUGCUCAGCGUCCUGCGACAGUACAACAUCCAGAAGAAGGAGAUCGUGGUCAAGGGGGACGAAGUCAUCUUCGGGGAGUUCUCCUGGCCCAAGAACGUGAAGACCAACUAUGUCGUGUGGGGGACUGGAAAGGAAGGCCAACCCAGAGAAUACUACACAUUGGAUUCUAUCUUAUUUCUACUUAAUAAUGUACACCUUUCUCAUCCUGUUUAUGUCCGACGUGCAGCUACCGAAAAUAUUCCUGUGGUUAGAAGACCUGACCGAAAAGAUCUACUUGGAUAUCUCAAUGGGGAAGCAUCAACAUCAGCAAGCAUAGAUAGGAGUGCCCCCCUGGAAAUAGGUCUUCAGCGGUCCACUCAAGUCAAAAGAGCUGCAGAUGAAGUUUUAGCAGAAGCAAAGAAACCACGAAUUGAGGAUGAAGAGUGUGUGCGUCUUGACAAAGAGAGAUUGGCAGCUCGUUUGGAAGGCCAUAAAGAAGGGAUUGUACAGACUGAACAGAUUAGGUCUUUGUCUGAAGCUAUGUCAGUGGAAAAAAUUGCUGCAAUCAAAGCCAAAAUUAUGGCUAAGAAAAGAUCUACUAUCAAGACUGAUCUAGAUGAUGAUAUAACUGCCCUUAAACAGAGGAGUUUCGUGGAUGCUGAGGUUGAUGUGACCAGAGAUAUUGUCAGCAGAGAAAGAGUGUGGAGAACAAGAACAACCAUCUUACAGAGCACAGGAAAGAAUUUUUCCAAGAAUAUUUUUGCAAUUCUUCAGUCUGUAAAAGCCAGAGAAGAAGGGCGUGCCCCUGAACAGCGGCCUGCUCCAAAUACAGCUCCUGUGGAUCCCACAUUGCGUACGAAGCAACCUAUCCCAGCUGCCUACAACAGAUAUGACCAGGAAAGAUUCAAAGGCAAAGAAGAAACGGAAGGCUUUAAGAUUGAUACUAUGGGCACAUACCAUGGCAUGACACUGAAAUCUGUAACGGAAGGUGCAUCUGCCCGUAAGACUCAAACUCCUGCAGCCCAGCCUGUACCUAGACCAGUUUCUCAAGCAAGACCACCCCCAAAUCAGAAGAAAGGAUCACGAACACCCAUUAUUAUCAUCCCUGCAGCUACCACUUCUUUAAUAACUAUGCUUAAUGCAAAAGACCUUCUACAGGAUCUAAAGUUUGUCCCAUCAGAUGAAAAGAAGAAACAAGGUUGUCAACGAGAAAAUGAAACACUAAUACAGAGAAGAAAAGAUCAGAUGCAACCAGGGGGCACAGCCAUUAGUGUCACAGUACCUUAUAGAGUAGUAGACCAGCCCCUGAAACUUAUGCCUCAAGAUUGGGAUCGGGUUGUAGCUGUUUUUGUUCAAGGUCCUGCUUGGCAGUUCAAAGGUUGGCCAUGGCUUCUACCUGAUGGAUCACCAGUUGACAUAUUUGCUAAAAUUAAAGCCUUCCAUCUCAAGUAUGAUGAAGUUCGUCUAGAUCCAAAUGUUCAAAAAUGGGAUGUAACAGUGUUAGAACUCAGCUAUCAUAAGCGUCAUUUGGAUAGACCAGUUUUCUUACGUUUCUGGGAAACAUUGGAUAGAUACAUGGUAAAGCAUAAAUCCCACUUGAGAUUCUGAAUCAUUUGAUUCCUCCAUUUCUGAAAACUUGGUUUAAGAAGCAUGGAUAUAGCUUCAUCUACAGACUGAAACCCAAGCUUUAUGAAUUCAUCAAGAACUUGCAAAUGAAGAAGGCCACAGAGCAGUCUUUUAUAAGACCUUGUUUGAUGCUGUGUGCUUUAAAGGGGCAUUGCCUCCCAUCCAUACAAGCAAACUUUUUUGGCUUACAACUAUUUUUUUAAUAUUAGCCUUCUAGUCUGUAAUGGAAAUUGUAUAUUUUGAUAGAAGCUUUUUCUCUAUUGGUUAAAUUAGCAUUACUUAAAAAUUUGUUUCUUUAGAAAUAAAUACAGGUUAUAAAUGUGUGUAUAUUUAGAAGUUAUUAGGCUCUCUAAGCCAUCUUGCUUCUGAUUUUUCAUUGCUCUAUGGUUCCUUUUACUGGAAAAUACUGUCAUGAAUGGUUUUAAAUUUUAGACUCUAGAACUUCAAAACCCCAUCAAAGGGAAGUAACUAUUAAAUCAGUUGAAAGUUGGCCUGUGUGUAUACUAUGUCUAUACUAACUCAUGUUUAAAAAGGAAUAAUGAAAAAUCAAGAACAAGUCUUCAGUUUCGGUUGAACUCAGCCUUUUCAAGAUUUCUUUUGUAAAUGAAUACAUUUAAUGAAUGUACACUCUCUUUGUUGACUUUGAUGAUUUUAAACUUAAAGUGAUAUAUUUCUAUCUGGGAUAUGUUUCCACUUGAAAAGAAAUCUCAAGAAACAAAGAUUACAGUAUAAUAGGCUGUAGUGACUCUUACUUAGAAAGCUAAAAUAUGAUUUGGGAGACUGAGUACGUAUCAGCCUAGUUACAGUGUAACUUGAACUUCUAAGUUUGAUUUUGAUUCUUAUAUGCUAUAGGAUUUUGAGUCUUCUAUUUGUACACAUGUCAACUUGGGACUUCUUAUCUUCCAUUAUCCCUAAAUAUUGAUAAAUUCCCAGGCACCAAAGAACACAUUUGCUUACGUGUCUGAACAGAAACAAGAUAAAAACACUGGUAUUUUUAUGUGUGUGUUCAAUGUGGUAUAAAAUAUAAAACCUAUAUUUUAACUUAGUAAAAUAUUUUACUAUUUCUCUACUUUAGACAGAGUGUUGCAUCCAAGCUGCAAUGAAUGACCGUGCUCCUUGAGUCCUGGUUUUACCUUUUACUAUUUAAAAGGAAUGUUUAUUCCUUGAAACCGUUUUCUGCCAUUAGAGCUCUUGUUGACCAUCCCACCUUGUAUCUUGUUUUCUUCAGUGGCUAUCUCUUAGGUUAUCAAAUUGGGGGACUUGGGGGGUGCAGUAAAACAUUUAGCUCUUCUAUUCUGAUGAGGAUACUUAGCCUCUUUAGAAUUUAAUGCUAUCAUAAAGAUGAGAAAAAAGUAUUAAUUUAUUUUAUUAACUUACUACAAAAAUCAAUUGUCAGUAAAAAUGGAAAAGAUAUUUAUUCAGAUGGAGUUCAGUGGGCUCUCCAGAAGAGAAGCAGCUAAUGUUUCAAAUGACUUUAGUACAUUUUUAAUUUUAGUAGAUGUUGCCCACAAUUUCCUGUUCUCCUGCAUCCUCUUCUUUAUGGCAAAAGAAAACUCACUUUGUUCAGAGAAUUUCUCAGCAUACAAAUCUAUUCUUAAAUUAUGUAUUGAAUAAACUUUCUCCACAAUGAAAUAGUCAGUGAGUCAAACCUGUAAUACUUUAAUGUAAAAUUACUUUUUAGGACUACUGCAAAGUGGACAUGAACUACUACCUUUCCAUAAAGAUGUUUGAUAUUUAUUCUUACUAUCUGAAAUUUACUUGAUAACAGAGUAUGGUUAAAAUUAAUAUCUACUUUGAACAUGGUUUAUUUUUCUAUUUUAAAUUUGCUUUGUGUUUAGUCAAAGGUUUCUGGGUAUACCUGUAACUUAGUAAAUCUAGAACUAUGCUUUACGUGUAUCUUGAAAUCAGAUUCUUUGUGUGCACUGGGGUUUCUUGUUUUAUUUUUAAGAUUUCAAAAAGAAAAUUGAGGUGGAAGGAAACGUAAUGAGUUUCCUGCUGGCAGUUUGGUGGACACGUGUCAUGUACUUGUUCUUUUCCCAUCCCUGCUGACCUCCCCGUUCCUCUUGCCUCCAUUUCCCUUCUUGCUUUCCUGUCACAUAUGUUCUUUUUCUUUCUCUUUCUCUUUCUCUUUCUCUUUCUCUUUCCUCACCCUCUCCUAAGAACUCUUCUGCCUUCUGUAUCAUAGUUUCCUUUCUGUAAUUACCUACACAUAAACAUGCACAAACAUUUUAGAUUUUUUUUAACUUCAACAUUUUGGUCCCCUAAGUAAGUUUAUGAAAUUUUAUAGUGGUUAAGUAUAAAAAUAAAGGGAAAAAGCAAAUUAUAAAAAUCCACUAUGCUCAGCCAAUCAUUCAUUAAUCUCCUGUGACUCAGUUCUGCAGCAGCACCUAACAGUGCCUUGCACAUGUAGGCAUUCAGUAGUUAUUUAUAUGUGUAAAUGGAUGAUGUAUUUUCAGCAUAAGUGAUUCAGUCUUUAAAAUAGUUUUGACCUUAUUUGGUCUUAGAAUUUGAGAAUAAAGAAAUAUAAGCAAUGAGAAGAAAUAAGUAGAUAGUUUAAUGAAAAUGAGUACACAUUAGUAAGUUCAGUUUCCCUAUAAGUUGCUAACUGGAGGUAUUCUUGCCAGCUUUACUUGUAAAGGAAGGUUCUCUAUUAUCUGGAGUCUUCUAAGUAACAGUAAGAAAAAAUAUGUAGUUUUUAAUCAGAAGCUCACCAUUUGAAGAGAUUUGAAAAAUAUAUCUGAAUCCUUACUCUUAUUUUCUUGGAUAAACCCAGUUGUCACUAAAUUUCAAAAGUUUUCCAGAUAAUUUGUGUGUGUGUGUGUGUGUGUGAGAGAGAGAGAGAGAGAGAGAGAGAGAGAGAGAGAGAGAGAGAGAGAGAGAGAGAGAGAGAGAGAGAGAGAGAGGCGCGGGGGAGUGAGACUCACCCAUUUAAAGUGUUAUUGGAAAUGAUACCAGUAUUGAGUGUUGUGUUUCCUCCCUCCUUUUUUUCUCUUCAUCUUUGUAUAUUGUGUGUGUGUGUGUGUGUGUGUGUGUGUGUGUGUGUGUGUGUGUGUGUGUGUGUCUGUAUACAUGUUUUGAGGCCACUCUUUGCACUAGAGCAUCUCCCAUUGGUGAUAUUUUCCUAUAUCCCGAAAUGACAAAUUCAAAUCUUAUUUAUUUAAUGUACAAGGAGUAUUUUGCUGUUUAAUAUUUAAACAACGUUUAAUAUAUUUCAUUAUUAAUUAGUAUCAUAGCUUAUGAUUUGUUUGCUGUUUGCUUAUUAUUUUACUAAGUAUUCUUUAGCAGCAGAAGAACAGCAGUUUAUACAGGAAGAACUAAUUCACAAUGAGGAAAUUCUCAAGUCUUUAAGUUCAAAGAACUACUAAUUUCUUUGCUAUGCAGAGUAAGAUACAAUUCAACUAUGAAAAAAAAAGCAUAGUUUGAGUUAGUCUAUACAAAAAGUAAAAGUUCUCACCUAAAUGAAAAUUUAUCAAAUAAAUACUGAAGGAACAUUUCUUAAAUAAAAAUUUCUGUGACUUCUUAACACAAAGUGAUGACAGUGGUUUUUUUUGUUGUUGUUUGUUUUGUUUUUUGGAAAGUGGGAAGAGAUUUAUUGCACUGAUGAGAUAUGCAAAAUUAUUUGACAUUUCAUAAUAUCUUACAGUAUUAUUAAUACUGUAGUUACUGAAGCUGGUCAGAAUCAUUUAGAAAGUGGCUUUAAAUUUUGUGGGUUCUUGUUUUUUGUUGUUGUUUGUUGGCUUAAGGAUAAACCCAGAGCUAUGUGCAUUUUAAGCAAGCACUUCUACCACUGAGUUACACUCCAAACCAUAAAUUGUGAAAUUGGUUAAAUGCAAAAGUAUAACUAAACCAGAAAAGUUUUAUUUUUAGUCCCCCACUCCAGGGAAAUUUAUUAAAGCAUGUGUGUGAAUGUCCAUACAUGCAUACAUAGAUAAGUCAAAAGAUUUGUUAUUCUGUCUAAAUUUAUGUAGAAUGUCGAGAAAAUUAUAAAAGUAUAGAAAUUUCUUUUUAACUGAAAAGCUGGUGUCUGCUGUUUUUCCAAUAAAUGAAAUUUUAAUUUAAUUGCAUUCACUUUGAAAUUACUGGACUGAAUUUUCAUUAUCCAUUGGGCUUAAUUUUCAUAUGGUGAUUUUCAUUAAUUUAUAGUAAAAUGGAGAAUUGGUUAACCCUGACUUGGAGAAUUUAAAUAGAUCCUUUUUUUUUUUUUUUUUUUUUUUGACAUUCCUGGCCAUGUUUAGAAGUAUGUAUUGUCCCUAACAUAGUUUCUGCAAUAACAUGUUGGUAGAACAGCUGAGGAGAAAUUGAAAAUGUACACUAAAUGUAUAAAGAAGUCUUCUUAGUAAGUACACAUAAAUUUAUAAUGCUUUCAGGUCACUGAUGUGUUUGGGAUUGUGUAUUAUUUUAGGAACUGUUCAUAAGAGUAUCUUGGAAGUUAUAAAUUACCAUAUACUGAAAUGCAGUAAGCAUUUUUUAUAUGAAUAAAGUUUGUGAACUACAACCAGAUUUGUGCCAAAAUUUAAAAGAUGAGAUUAUAGUAUGUCAAAAUUAAGCAAAUGGUCUUUCCAAGUAUUUUGUGUGCUAUUGCGUUGUGUUUCUAUGCAAACAAACAUUAGUAAAGCUACUUAACCUCCUUCGGUUAUAGUUCUUAAUAGGUGACUUAGUCCCUACCAUAAUAGUGACCACUCACUGGUUGCUUAAUCAACAACUAGUGUUGUUUGUGAAGCAAAGUAUUUCCUGAAUAGAGCUUCAUUAGAAGCCUGUUACCUGAUGAAAAGUUCUCCUCCUUAUUCCAUUCUUAUAGCUUUAAAUUGUGGGCUUUAUUUUACAUACAACAUUUUGCUGUUAAAAAUCUUGAGUAUGUAUCUACCUUCCCUUAAUUCCCAAAAAAGGCCACAAACAAACAAAACAACAAACGAAGUGUGUAUGUGUACACACACACACACACACACACACACACACACACACACACACACACUCACACACUCACUCACUCACUCACUCACUCCAUGCCUACCAAGAAGGCAGAAAGUAUUGUUGAGUUUGGCAUGUUGUCUUUAUGUAAAAUGAUUCAUGAGAUUUGUCAGGCAUAGUAUUUCUCUUCAGGAAAUAAAUAUGUUUAUUCUUUGGAAUUAAUGAGUUAAAUCCAGUUAGUCUUUUUUUUUUCUCAGUUAAUAAGUCAAAUCAUUUCUAGAAUUAGACUUCUUUGUAAAGUCAGCAGGCUUAAUGACCUACUGAACUUCACAGUGACUUGAAGUAUGUCAAAUUGUUAUUGUAAUAGUAAAGUAUAUCCCAAUAUUUUACAUAUAAAUAUCCUGAUUUUAACAUUUUAUAAAAUUGAAAACCACAUUCCCAUAUAGUCAGAUACACUCAAAUCAUUAACAACAUUAUCAUAUUGGCAAUGCCAGUAAUAAUAAGGGAAUCUGAUGUGACAGUUUUUUAAUGAAGGAAAUGGGCCAUAUCCAAAUUUAAUUUUCAUUCUGUUCACAAGUGCUCAAUAAAUAUGAACUUUUUUCUUCUGUUCCCUUCAAUCAUCUGCUCUUAGAUCUAUGUCUGUGAACUAAAACAGAAAGUGAAUGUGCUGUUAGGGUUUUUUUUUUUUUUUUUUUUUUUGUUUUUUUUGUUUUUGUUUUUUAAGACUCAGAGAUGUGCAUGUUAAUAGCACGUUGCCAGGUAAGCUUUUUUUCUUUCUCAUUUUCUAAAAUAAGUUCCUUUUUUGUUUAAUUUCAUAGUGAUUGGCAUUUUGUGUGAGUUGGGAGACUUUAUAGCUGUUUUUAAAAAUAACCAUAGAAAACCUAAUCAGGUAGCUCUAUAGUCUGUCUAGUAGUUACCUGUAUUUAUAGUUUAUAUUUCAUCCUUAUCCAAAGAAUACUGAACUAAUGUAAAUAGAGCUGAGAUCACACUGAAGCUGAAGACAUCUGAGAGAUUCCUUUACUACAUUUUGAUAAUUUUAUUGGACUCUGCUUCCUUUGUCAACAGAUUUCUAGGAGAGAACACACCAGGUCAUUCACUGUGGUAAAACAAGGUCAUGUAUUCUUAGAGAACUGCUUUUCUAGAGUUAACAGUGUUAAGACUAAAUGUGAUGGCAGCAUCUGUUUUUCCUUUUUAAAUUGGCUGAUAAUAUAAACGUUCUUUGAAAUGGAGCGGUUUGAAAGUUUUUAUCAGUACUCUGCAAUCACUGAAAGAUAUAAAAGUGAGCCUCAUCAUGGCUCAUUAAGUUGUUUUAGCACAAUUUAGCAUCAUUAGUAUUUAUGGUGGUUUCCACUGUAAAACAGUUUAGAAAUGUUUUGUUUUCUUAGGUAAUGUAUUUUUAUUUUGUAAUGAAUAACACAUUACAGAAACAAAUGUAGAGCCAUGGAUAAAAUAAUUGAGCUUUAAAGUAGUUUAAGGAUAAAGCAAGUUGACAUUGGACUUUGAAGAGAAAGAAAUUAUUUGAGAAUCUUAAAAAGGAAAUAAGCAGAAUGGAAUUUGGGAGUUAGGCAGAUCUCUGAUGUGAUUUUUCUCCAGAAACAUUUAACUGCUAACUGCAAGUGAAGUGUAGAGAACCAGAGCCACUUUAUCUAUUUGUUUGUUUGUUAUUUUAUUAUUUAUUUAUUCAUUCAUUUAUUCAUUUAUUUAUUUAUUUAUAAUAUUUUUGGUGGAAGUAGAAACAGGCCAGGGAGUUGGAGACAUUUGCUAGGUGAUGGUGUUGACAGCAGGUGGAAUCCAAGUUAUACAAAGAAUAAGUCAUGGAAAAGAGCUGGUAGAGUUGAGAAGGUUCUUAUACACUAAAAGCUUCACUCAGUUUGAGCUUGAGAGAUGAGAAGGGGAGAUUGGAAUGUGUAAAUUCAAGAGGUCAUUUUUUAAAGCAUCUCUUACAAAGACUAACUUGACGAGUUGUGAGCUGACUUCUGGGUGCUAGAAAAAAAGACAUCCCUGAAUAUACUGAUGGUAGGGAAGGACUUUAUAUUAUGGAGAAUUUUUCUUUGACUUAUCUGAGCUGCCCGUUUCCUCAAUUUGUUCUAGACUUGGAAUAAGACCUGUUAAGAUGCUACCAACUUUCUUUUUCCUACAGUGAGGUUAGUUAAAUGCUAUUCUGAGUCUUAAUCUUCCUGUGUCUCUUUCCUUGUUAGCAUGAGGUGGUAUGCCUUAUGUUUUUGUUGGCUAAUUUUUUUCUUCCAAUCCUUCCUCACUUUCCUAUCAAUUCCUUGAUUAUGCAGCUGCAACCCAGUAUUAUUCCAUUGUCUUCAUCCAGAAGUGACCUUAUCUUUUCUUGAUAGAGGGAACAGAAGCCAUGAACUUCAUAAUACUGUAUGGCUUAAGCCUUGAAUAUGCAUUUGAGCAUCUUUUCUUCCUAUUAGUCUAGUGUCCUCUUGCUCAUUAGUGACUUGUAUUUCUCUACAACUUCUCUGUUGCAGGAUUUGCCAUACUAUUCUCUCUCUUGUAUAUUCAUCUUGUCACCCUGUAGUUAGGUCUUUCAGGACAUGUUGGUUAUCUUUUGUCUUAAAUACCAGUAGUGGUCUGGGAGAAAAAGCUUGUACUUGUAACUCACUUCCCUUUUUCUCUUCCUGUGAUCUUUCUUAAUCACUAGAUAAGUGGCUGUGGCACUAAGACAGGACAAUUAGUGUUUACAGUCUGUUUUAUCUACCAGAAUAUAGAGUGGACUCUAAACUCUUGAGCCUUUCUUUCAAAGAUCAUGGAAUUAGAGAAAAAGUGGUAUUGUCCACAUUUAUGCUGCCAAGGACAUUACCUUCAAGUGUUCUUUCUGGGUCUCAUGGUGAGCUCAGUUCAUUCAACUUGGAAAGGGCAAGUCUUUAGUGAGGAAAAUAGAGAUUUCCUUAUGUUUGAGUUGACAACUUGCUGAUUAAUAAGCCAACCCACAGAAAUAGAGGUAAUUGAGUUCCAUUAGCCCUCAGAAUAGAGGUAAUUGAGUUCAUGAUCAUUGCUGAUUAGAAUAUUUCAUAGUAUGAUUUGUGCCAAAGUUGGGACCAGUAGACAAAGGAAAGUAUACAAGUGAUAGGAAAUAUCCUCUAUAGUGAGAACACUCAGGAGUAAUGAAAAGGCCCUGUUGGUUAGAUGAAGGACAAUUUGAAUUUUCAAAUGUUAUCUGAGACAAUUUAUAGACUAUACUUUCUAUAAAGCAAAAUAAAACCACAAAAAUAGUAGCAAAGAAAAGAGUGGCCAAAAUUGUUACCAGAUUAAUAAUUUACUAAGAAGGCAAAACUCGAAAGAUAUGAAGGUCAUAACCUCCAAGAAACAAAUAGAAAAUAUUGAGUGUGGCUAAGAAUAGCCAGUAAAAGCAAGUUGUAUUGGGCACAACUUGUAAAUACUAGAGAAAAAUUCCAGUAGUUGAAAGAAUUUUGAUUCCAGGCAACACUGGGAGAAAAUAUAGUUCUAUUUCAUCUGGAUAUUUUUUUUUUAUUGUUUGAUUUGUGCCAGUGAAAAGUACUGUGUUAAUGAACAAAAACAAAGUGGCAGAGUUUAACUAUUUUACAGCACAAAGAAUCAAACCCCAGGGCCUUGUACACUCUAGCAAGUGUUUGCCACUGAGCUACAUCUUUGGCCCAAAUUACCAUUUUACAUGGAUGGCCAGAGGCAAAUAAAGUGACAUUUGUGCAGUAGGUGAAGCAGUUAGCUUUGUGACUAUAUAGGAAGAAAGCACUCAAAGUAGGAAGAGUUAGGGUCAUAGUUACUGUUUAGAGAACUGACAAGGAGGCCACUGGGCUAAUGAGGUAGCGGAUGCAGUAGGAAACAAGCUUCUGUGAUGUCUCAUGGACCAAGGAAGACCAUUGGCUGGGGCUUUUCUUGGUUUAAUGCUGAAGCUGUUGAGAGUUUUUGAGAGGAAUGAUAAUGACUCAAAGUGAUUGAAGAGUCACUGACUGGUUAAAGAAUAGACCAUGUUUAGUUAAAAAGGGAAAACCCAGGAAGACCAGAUCUUUAAUUACUGCAGUAAUUUAGACAGGUAAUAAAGGCUUAGGCUCCCAUGAUACUGGUGGAAAAGUGAUAAAUGGUCAGGUUUUGGAGCUAAUUUCAAAGUACAGAGAUUGGGUGUAUUGUGAGACAAUAGAGUCAGCAACAUUCCAACUUUUUUUUUUUUUUUUUGCUUGAGAAUUGAAAAAGUAUUCCUGCGACUAGAGUGAACAAGACUGUUAUAAGUAUGGAAUUUGGGAAUGGUAGCAGCUGAGAGGAUCAGUUUACUUUUGAAAUAUUUGAAAUACCCAUUUACUGUGUGAAAAGGGUCUUUGAGUUUCAGGCUAAAAAGGAAUGUGCAAAGGAAGAAGAAAAGCCCACUUCUAGACUUAAGACUGUAACCAAGUCUCUUCAGAUAAGAUUAUCUUGUCAGAAGGUUACUCUCCAAUGUGUAGGCAAUGCCCAGUUGUAGCUUUAUCUGAGGAACAUAAAACUUUUAAAAUAUCAAAUUAAUCAAAAUGAAUAUCCUAUGGUAGAGUAACUGAGAAUUUGUUGUAUGAAUGUGAUGUGUUCAAGUCAAUAUGCCCUACUCUAUGGAAAAUGUACCACUGUCAUACUGAGCUGUUUUAGCAAAAUCCAGAAGUAGGAAUGAAGAGAGUAAACAUAUUCUAGCUUUUGUAGACCCUGAGAACAAAGGCUUGGCUUCUUGGAAGAUUAACGUUUAUUUUAGCACCUAAUCCAAGUUAGUGUUUUUUUAAGAAAAAGCUUUCUAAAGCUUACAGAAGCACUUUGGAAUAUUAAAAAAAUAAUUUGUAUUGAUGUUUUGGAGAUUUUAAAGUAGGUCUAGAAGUUAUUUCCAAGUUGUUACAUUGUGAAGCUUGAAAUUUUUGCUAGGUAAUAAGCUAGGUUUUCAGCCACAAAAGCACAAGCCCAAAGUAUUUCAGUAAGCCUUUUCAAAAUACUCUUCUGGUAGCACUUGUUUUCUAAAAAAAUUGGACUUUUUGGUUACCUGUUUUCAUAACUUUUAACCUUGUAAUUUAGCAAAGAGCAAAUUUAGGAGAAGGUUCAGUUGUGUCAUUUUCUUGAAUUACUAUGGCUGUUUGUCAUUUCCCCUUCUGAUCCUCUUGUGCUACUUUACUGUUUUGUGAGAUGUCUGUAAAUUAUUGGUAAAUGAGGGAGUCAGGGCACCACUGUCAGGGCUUGUUCUUAAUUUGCUUUGUAUCCAGAUCAAGUAACAGCAUCUGUAUCAAUAUAUCUGUUAUUUAUUAAUAAACCUUAAUUUAAAUACAAAUACUCAUCUUAUUGUCCCUCCUACCCAGUACUUCAGUGAAUCAUCUUGCAUGCUCCCUGAAGUAUGUUGCUCAGAUUUAGAGACCUGUAACACUGUAUUGGUUACUUGUCAAUGUGACAAAAUAUCUGAUUUGAAAUAAAAAGGAAUUAUUUGAGUUCA